AUGCCCAGUCCAAGCAAGGAUAGUCGGAUGAUCAUCGACGCGCUCGAACAGCCUCUCCACGCCACCAUCCCGGACGGCGAGAAGCACGAGUAUCCAGCGCUCAAGCCCACAUCUUGCCGCUCGACCAUUGCGAUCUUGCGCAGCCAAGACCGUGGACAGCACCAGGAUCAUGAACAGCACCAGGACCUUGGACAGCAUCAGGACCACCCCGGACAGCUGGAAGCCGGCGCCUUCGCCGUGCCGGGAACUAACUCUUCAUUCGCCAAGCCAUUGUCAGCCAUCGCCACAGCCGCUGCAUCGUCUAAUAAGACCAACAUGCCAAAUACAUCAGAACUGACCAGUGACAGACGCAGGCCAUACUCUGAAUCUUCUUACGCCACUGCCAACGAAGGCCCGGCUCCACCGAGUACCCGCAAGACCGCAAUCAGCACGAGACAUAGCCUCCAGCCCAAGGGUGUGAGCGUGAGGCACUCGAGAAGCGGCGCCAACCUUAACACCGUGACCCGCGCGGCUUCUUUGCAGAACAAGGCUUCCAGCCGCAGCCUUGUCACACCAGCUCAUGCUUCAAACACCCAACUUCGCGGCUUCACUGACAUCACCGAACCACGAGCCGACGCACCAACAGCUUCUCAUCAGUCCCAAGAGCAGAUCACCUCCCCCACCAACUUCUCUAGACCGCGCCCUGAAAGCGACGCAUCCAUUCUCACACCUAGGAGCAUCGGAACCGCCUCACGUAUUCCCAUCCCCGACUCGAAGAAAGCCACCAUGAUCGAUGUGGGGAAGGAUAGAACGUCUAGCGCUUCUUCCAACAACUCGGUAGCACAGCCCCGCUUUGGCAGUCGUCGCAUUGGAACGCCGGAGGCUCUGAAGAUACUGGAGCAAGGCAAGAUCAGGAGGCAGUUGCAGCGCAGCAAGCGAGGUGAAAGCCCAAGUGAACUCCAACUACAUCGCACUAUCACGUCUGACAGCGAGGGAUCUGCGGCUGCAACGCCAUCGCUCUCGCGCAGCUUCGACUCGCCAGAAGGUACUCUUGUUGCAAACUCGCCGGAUCCGCAGCCCACGGCGUGGCAGCUUUACGGGCAGUCGCAGAAGUCUCGUGAAAGCUCGGAAGAUGAUCUGAAAGGUGCAGCCAGCACUGUUCGCAAGCAGCAUACAGAAGCCAGCACAGAAGACAUCUUCGCGGAUACGUUGGGUGCGCCGCUUCGCGCUCCACCAUCGACCAGCCCGUUCACAGCUCCGCUCCAAACUAUCACGUCUGAAGCACUACUUCCAACAGGCGGUGCGGGAUUCCAAGAUGCAGGAAUGGACGAAGGCAUUGAUGCACGCGGUCGCGCUCUCUCGCACCUCGAAGGGAAGGGCAGCCCACCGAAAGCUGGUGUUGAUCAGCACACGCUCCGCCACAUGUUUGGACAUCUCAAGCGUGGCAAGGAGACGACGGACAACAGCCAAUCGACGUUUCACCAGAAUGCCGCAGCCGCGGACAUGUUCCUGGCCAUCAACGACCACAACGCGCCAGCCAGCAACGCGCCAGCUCAUCCACCACCUCCGCGGCCGACUCAGGACAUGACAGGGUAUGAGCAUUCCCGGCAUGCGUACUAUAGAGAGGCUGUUGCGAAAGGCUGCGUCAGCAAAUGGUCCGACACCACGCCAUCCAGCAAUGCCGUGUCAUCCUCGUCUGAUGGCCACCGCGACGGCUCACCAACAGUCGAGCCCAGCGGCCCAGCGAUACGGCGCCAACCACCAAAGUCAACCCCAUCUAUCGGAUACCCAUCUUCUACCCCAGCCGAAGGAUUGAACAUGAGCGAUGCCGACGCCGCCGACAUCAUGAACAUUUCCUCUCGUCGUUCAUCGCCAACCGUGCCAUCUGUCGGAAAGCGCAAGCCCGGAUCCGUCGCAGCUGCACGCCAGGCUCUUCACCAGAACGAGGUACCAUCAUUUGCACGCACCACGGCAGCUUCCCAUUCGAGGAUGACCACGAGGCUGCCAACGCCGACUGCGAAGACGAGCAAGACGCCGGAGCCCGUCGAGCGCGGUCGCACAACCACGCCCAGCGAGAGUCGGUCAAACAUCAAGACACAGCGUUCGCGCUCCAGGAGCAAGCUGUUCCUCGACAAGGUCGGCGGCCUCUUUCACGGCAAGCGAGACAGGAAGAGCCAAGAGAUCCCACCAGUCCCUCGCAUUGAUGAGCGCCACCUCACCAGGAAAGAAGACAGGUACCCUUCUACACACAACCACUCGUCGUUUGGCCCAGCGCAGACCUCCCAGCUCCCAAGGGCACCAGCACUUCCAGCCCCGACAUAUACCACACUGCGGACGGUCUCUCCGUCAAUCCAGACUGCCUCCGACGCAACCCUGGUGGCCGGUACCUCGCCGCCGAACGAGUCGCAGCGCAUCCAGGACUUGGCGAGGUCCCUGGUCGACAAGUCUGUUGUGGAGCGGAAUCCGAACCGCAGGAAGCGAUUCCUUACCUUUGCGCAGGUUCUCAAUGACCAACUGAUUCAUGUGCGCGAAGCGUCGAUCAGUGCCGAGAAGGCUGCCUCUGCUGCUCGUGAUGCCCGUGCGCAUUACGAGAUGACUGUCAAGGGGUUGGAGACGGUGGAGAGGAUGGCGGAGUUGAGCAUCUCCCCUGGCGCCUCUCCUCCCCGCCGCCCAUAG